CUUUUGGCCUUCUGAAUGUUCAGAAGUACGACUAAGCUGUCAAUGGGGAAGAGGAAGGACAUGAUGAUCCAUCCACGGUAUCUAAUAGGAGACCGGAAUGAUCUAGGGGUUUAUAACGCCCACCGGAAGAAGCACAAGAAGCACAAGAAGCACAAGAAGAAGCACCACCGUGAGGAGAGCUACUCCCCCGACGAUUCGGAUCCCGGUCUGCCCAUAAUCAUCAAACCCCCACAGCUGAAGCUGAAGAUUAAACUGGGAGGACAGACACUGGGCACUAAGAGUGUGCCAACCUUCAGUGUAGUCUCAGAAGCUCCUCGUUCUCCUUCUCCGCUGAUGAUAGUUGAUGAUGAUGAUGAUGGCGACGAUGAUGACGACGACGACGAAGAUGAGGAUGAACCCUCAGAGGGAGUCCCCAUUGAGCAGUACAAGGCCUGGUUAGAUGAGGACAGUAAUCUGGAGCCGUCGUCUCUGGGGGAGAUGGACUCGGGCAUCCUGCUGGGGCCGGUGGACGAGGAGGAGCGCUGGCUGGAGGCCCUGGAGAAAGGGGAGCUGGACGACAACGGAGAGCUCAAGAAGGAGAUCGACGAGUCGCUGCUCACUGCCAGACAGAAAGCUCUCCUGCACAAGCAGCAGUGCACCCCUCUGCUGGAGCUGCCCAUUGGGCUGCAGGUGAAGGAGCCCACGGCGGAGAUGCUGCGCAAGCGUGAGGAGCGCGCUCGCCAGCGCCGCCUGCAGGCCGCCCGCAAGGCCGAGGAGAGCAAGAACCAGACCAUCGAGCGGCUCACCAAGACCAGCAACAAGGCCAAGGUCCGCAGCGGUGUCCGCGGCGACAGGGAGCGGCGUGCCAAGCUGGCGCUGGUGCCCACCGUGCGCUACUGCAGCUCCGUCUCCGGGGGCGCCAGCAUCUCCUUCCCCGUGGGCGUGCCGGCGCCCGUGCCCGCGCCACCGCGACCGGCGCGCGCUGAGGCCAGCUGCGUGGUGGACGGGUGCCCCAACCCCAAGAGGUACUCGUGCUCCAAGACGGGAGUUCCACUGUGCAGCCUGGAGUGCUACAACAAGAACCUGCAGCUGCAGCUGCCACAGCUCGUGGCUUAGAAUGUGAGAGAUGUGGGGUGAACUGUGUGUUUGUAUGAGUGUGUGUGUGUGUGUGUGUGUGUGUGUGUGUGUUUGUUUGUGUGUGUGUGUGUGCGUUUUCAACGAAGGAACCAGUGGCCUGAUAUCUAUAUGUGUGUGUGCGUGUGUGUAGAGAGUGAGCCAGUUGCCUGAAACUAGCAUGCUGCAGAACAAGUCAUUGGUUUGAUGUAUGUGUGUGCGUGCCUGUGUGUGUGUAACUGAGAAUAAGGAUGUGAUAAUAGGAGUGUGUUCCUGUACCUGUAUGUGGUUGCUCUGCUAACGUCUCUUUUGUGUGUGUUGUGGUGAGAGGAGUAUUAAGCUUCCCUUUUCUCGUGUGUGUGUGUGUGUGUGCGUGCGUGCGUCCGUGUGUGUGUGUGUGUGUGUGCGUCCGUCCGUCCGUGCGUGUCUGUUGACAGGAAGUCUGCUGUCUAUGUCUGUACAUUCACUCUGAACCAGAGUGCAAAUCACAGAAUUUAUUUAUAGCUGUGGUAUGGCAUUUUUGGCCAUGUAUUUUUUUUUUCUAAUUAUUAUCCUGGCUACACAAUUAUGUAUGAGAUGCAAUUCAUUUCCUGUUUUGCCAACUAACCUGGCAGGCAAACCAAGUGUAUUUAUUUUCCGUUUUGAAAUGCAGUGGGACAUUUCUGCGUUAAAACCUCAAAGAUAAGUCACGGAAAUAAGCUUAUUUUUGUUAAAAAAAAGAAAAACUUAAAUAAAAAUUGAGAGCGAAACAAAGAA